UACAUUGCAUUAAUCGGUAGAGCAGAAGUGGAAGUCCUACCACAAUCUAACAAAAUCAGCCUAAAAUACUUGGUAUUAUCCCUUCCCUUUCAGUCGGUGAAUUUCCUUACUUUUCUUGCACUUCACAAAUCCCUUACUCUUUCUCGCAUAAGAAAUCACGAAUCUUCACAAAAACCUCUUUUUUCUAUUUUCUCUUUCGAUCUUACUUUCACCAAUUUCGCCAAAAUUAUUAAUAAUUUGCUACUAAUUAUGGGCUUGUGGGAUUCUCUGCUCAACUGGUUAAGAAGUUUAUUCUACAAACAAGAAAUGGAACUCUCUCUUGUAGGCCUUCAAAAUGCAGGGAAGACCUCACUUGUCAACGCCAUUACUACAGGAGGCUAUACCGAGGAUUCAAUUCCAACUGUGGGCUUCAAUAUGCGAAAAGUCACUAAAGGAAAUGUCACUAUAAAACUUUGGGACUUGGGCGGGCAGAGGAGAUUUCGUUCCAUGUGGGAGCGCUAUUGCCGUGGUGUCACAGCCAUAGUAUAUGUAGUUGAUGCUGCUGAUCGAGACAGCAUCCCCAUUACACGAAGUGAAUUACACGAUCUGUUGAAGAAACCUACACUAGCCGGGAUUCCUUUGCUCGUGCUUGGCAACAAGAUCGACAAGUCAGAAGCUCUUACAGAGCAACCGCUGAUUGAGCAGCUGGGAUUGAACACAAUCGCGGAUAGAGAAGUGUGCUGCUAUAUGAUAUCUUGCAAGGAGACUGUGAACAUAGAUAUUGUGAUGGAGUGGCUUAUCAAACACUCUAAAACAGUCAAAUGAUCCAUCAGCUUUAUUUGUACAAAAAUUUCAGGAUUUUAUGUGUCGUCUUACGUUGUUUGGUGAAGAUUAUAUUGUGUUACCUCCCUUCAAUUUGUGUGUAUAAUUUCAGUUUUAGAAUGCAAUUGUGUAGGGGUAAAUGCAACGCUGACUAUGUGCACUGUGUUGUUCCAUUGCAUAUACAAAGUGAGUUUUUUAACAUAA